GACUUGAUCAAGGCAUUAGGUAUUGGCACGGACUGGUGUUCAAAGUACAUGCCUUAAUUUACAAAAUGACUGCCAAAAAGCUGCUGAAAAAGCGUCCUGCUCUUCUCUCUCACACUCGACCACCAACAUUACGCAAGAACGAGGCGGCAUUGUCAGCCAAAGCGACGCGGAAUCUCAUUCGCUCCCACCAUACACUUCUCAAACAACGUACUCAAGCAUUAAGAGUGGGCAACCAAGCUUUAGUCGACAAAAUUGAUGCUCAAAUACAGGCCAAUGUCCUCAUGGAGUGGAUCAAUCCUCAAUUAGCAGACUUGAAGACUACAUCUUCCAAGCUCCGCGUCCUCGAAGUUGGGGCCCUUAGCACGAAAAAUGCCUGCUCUCUGAAUGAAAACCUGGAUGUCACGAGAAUUGACUUGAACUCUCAGGAGCCCGGGAUUCUGAAGCAGGAUUUCAUGGAACGGCAGCUUCCUCUAAGUGACCAAGACCGGUUUCAUCUUAUCAGUCUCUCGCUGGUGCUGAAUUAUGUCCCAGAUCCGAUUGGCCGAGGAGAAAUGUUGAAACGCUGUGUGGCUUUUUUGACAAAGUCACUACCGGUUGAUUCGUCUAGUACCUCCUUCACGCCAAGCCUAUUCCUGGUGCUCCCUGCGCCCUGUGUCGCGAACUCGCGAUAUCUCACGGAGCAACGACUUGAAGAGAUUCUGACCAGCAUCGGAUUUUCCUUGACAAAGAACAAGCAAACGUCAAAGUUGAUAUAUCAGCUUUGGGAAUACAGUGGAAAACGCAAACCCAAAGAGUUUAGAAAGGAAAUCCUAAAUCCAGGAAGGACAAGGAAUAACUUCGCAAUAAUCGUCAAGAGGGAUGUCAAAUGAGGAGGGUGCAGGCUCUAUGAGCCAGCCACAAAGGCUUACAGGGACAUGAGCAGUUCAUGUGGCAAGAAUGCCCACACGGUGCCGAUGACCGCUAGAACCGAAGAAAUGACCAGAAGCGACCAAUCGAGCAGCCGCUCCCUCCAGCUAAUCUCCUUUCCGAAUAUCUUCAGGUAAAAUGCGAGCGGCAGUAUGAUGCAGAUGGUGAAGCACAAUGCGGAGCCCAUCAGUGCCAUGAUUCUGUCGAAGGAUGGGAAGGCUAUGGCCAUGACAACAAUGACCGCUACCACGAAUAUACGGAUCAGCACCCUCAGCAGUUUGCGGAUAAAUAUUGUUCGCUCUGUGUAAUCGCCAUUCAGCUCGGUGUGUGGUUCAAGGCCACAGAGAAACUCCAUAGUUGCAACAAGCGGCCGGCAACUGGACCUCGUCAGUGAAUCGGUCACCACAUUUCAACGCACCAGGGUUAGCUAAAACUCACUUCAGAGGGACUUUUGUGAUGGGAAUGAUCGCGAUAAACACUAUAAUGCAAAGAGACAGGAACUGCGGAUAUUCCUUGAUUCUAAGAACGUUUGCUGUCACUUCGUCCCGAAUCAUAUUGCCAAACAUCAGCCAGCCUAAAAUGGCCAUCGUACAGUCUAGAGAGUACUGUUGCAGGUUAGCGUAGAAGUGGCAAAAUCAUCAGGACCGAAAUACCGUAAAGAUAUAGGUCGUCCACAAACUUCUCCCAUACUUAUGUGGGUGUCUCAUGUCCCUGUAAAUAUUAGGGAACACGCCAUGCCCGCCCCACGGUGCUAAAAUUAUCAGCUCAAUAUUUCCCUCGGGAGACUGGAGCGACUUACACAUGAUGAGCCCAAAACUCAGAGGAAGAGUACUCCAAUUCUCGGGGAACAGAUAAGUCUGUGCCGGUUCGCGAAGCGAACCAGGUGCAUGUGGUUUAAGGAAACCAUCAAUGCAUAUUAUAGCGACAACUAUGACUGUUAAUUUAAGUCGUAAGGAGAGGGGUGGAUAGACAUACUGGAUGUACAAGAAAGAAUGCCUAGAAUACUCGUCACGCUUAAAAGUCGCAAAGGUACAAAGCUGAGCGGCAUAAGCAUCAGACCACACACCACCUGCCAUUGAGGGAUGCUCAACCCCGGGAAGAGAACAUGGAGGCUGUCUGCAAAGAGAACGACGAGUGCAACGCAUGCCCCAAGAAGUUCCAAGCAGAACAAGAGACUUAUUACCAAGCGAGCGUGAUGCCCGAAGCUGAUAUAUGCUAGGUCAGCAUAUGUUACCAGGCUCUGGUCGACAUCCAGGCACUUUGCCAGGAUCUUGGCCGUAUAGGCCGUAGUCAAUGCCGCAAAUAGGAGAAACAGAAGGCCAAGUAGCCAUCCUGCAUGCUUCAUCGCCAGCGGCAGACUCAAUAGGCCAACACCAAUUAGCACGUUGACAGAGUUGAAUACCGUCUGUGGCACGGUAGACUGGCCAACUACAACAUUACCCCUCGUGCCAUCCUCGUGCUGCACCUGUUUGACGAGCAGCUGUUCGCCAUCAUGACCGACCGCAGGUUCAGUAUGAGCUUGUUGCUGUUUGUGAAACUCAAUAACAUGUCUCCGAGCUGACUCGCUCACCCGUGAGGAGAUUGUGCCAUAGGAUGUGCCUAGAGGUGGCUCCAAAUGGCCGGCGUUGUAUACACCAUCUCUUUGGUAUGAGCUUGCUGCCCCAUUGUCGCUUAAUAAAGGCCGUGUAAGAGUCGGGUCUAGAUCAGUAUGCAAUGGACCUUGUGGCCUGAUGAAAUUGCCACUUGAGGGUUGCCAUUCAUCGUCCGAGUCGGUUGUCGUAAAAGACCCACGUCGAGGAAAUACCUCUGGGAAGCAAGCGGCCCUUUGCCACGACCGAGCAAAGUUAUCAAUGCUGUUGACACCACCUACUUGGGUGAUGCGCAUUGACAAAGAGCCGG